CCGAAGGAGCAAUCGCGGCAAUAUAAUAUCGACAGUGCGAUGAUGUAUCCCCACAUCGAUUACUAAUAUGCGCCUGCCCCCUGGAGUGCCCCCAUUGCCGACCCCGGGCCUAUCACGUGUGCCGCUGGCUCUAAAAUCUUUUCCGCGUCGGGAAUUGCUGUGGCUUCCUAUAUAAGUAACUCCCUCCUUCUUUUCAAUUCACCCAAUUCCACUAUUACCACACACAAUGCUCGCCGCCCCUUUCCGUAACACUGCUAUCCGCAGCUUCAAGACCGUCCCAAGUAUGGUCAGGACCAAGAUUGUCCUUCCAGACUUGGACUUUGACUUCGGCGACUUGGAGCCAUACAUUUCCGGCCAGAUCAACGAAUUGCACUACACCAAGCACCACCAGACCUACGUCAACGGGUACAACACCGCGAUUGAACAGCUUGCCGAGGCAAAGCACGCUGGUGACGUCAAGAAGACCAUUGAGUUGCAGCAGCACAUCAAAUUCCACGGUGGUGGAUUCCUCAACCACAACUUGUUCUGGAAGAAUUUGGCUGCUCCAAAGAACGGUGGUGGUGAGGUGCCAGCUACCGAUUCCGCCUUAGGUCUUGCCAUCAAGCAACAGUACGGCUCGCUCGACAGCUUAAUCUCAUUGACCAACACCAAAUUGGCCGGUAUCCAGGGCUCUGGCUGGGCCUUCAUCGUCAAGAACACCGAGAACGGCGCGAUUGAGGUUGUACAGAGAUACAACCAGGACACUGUCACCGGCCCAUACGUUCCAUUGGUUGCCAUUGACGCCUGGGAGCAUGCCUACUACUUGCAGUACCAGAACGUCAAGGUUGACUACUUCAAGGCCAUCUGGAAUGUCAUCAACUGGAAGGAGGCCGAAAAACGCUACACCAAAUAAGUUUCUUAGCGAAGUGCACCG